CAUAUAAGGAGGCCCAAAUGGAGCAACUCCGUAGAAGAAGAAGGGAUAUGGUUUAAGUACGUAACACAUUGAGUCUACAAUUACAUAAUUGUUUACAUGUGCACUUAGAGUCACGGUCUUCGCGAAGAUUACAUCUUAACGAGCCACGAUGGCGUACGUAUCGUUAAUCCUAAACUCCGUUUUUAUUGCUACCAUUAUUUGGUUAGCGGUUUAUUAUUAUAUGAAGAAAUCGCACACCUACUGGCAAAAAAGGGGUAUCCCCGCGGAUUCGGGACAUUGGUUUUUCGGUAAUGUGAAAGAUGCUGUGCUGUUUCGAAGAAAUCCCACGAUUGUAAUAAGUGAGUUGUUUGCAAAAUCGCCGCCGGAUCUGGAUGUUUACGGGAUCUAUAUCCUGAACAAACGUUUUCUACUAUUAAAAAAUCCAGAAGUAAUCAAGCAUGUUCUUGUUAAGGACUUUCAUAGUUUCGAAAACCGAUAUUUCACCGGUAAAUCCCGCGUGGACACGAUCAGUAGUUCGAAUCUCUUCACGAUUGGAAACCCGGAAUGGAAACAACUCAGAACAAAGGUAUCGCCUGUAUUCACAAGUGGAAAGAUGAAGAAAUGGUUUCAUUUGAUAGCGGAAACCACAGUAUCCAUGAGUAAUUAUUUGCGCAAUGAGUUUGCGAAUGGGGUGAAAACGAAAGUGAUCAUGAUGCAAGAUACUACCCUUAAGUUCACUACAGAUAUUAUAUCCACGCUGGCUUUCGGCAUUCAUGUGAACUCUUUCGAUCCCAACAACAAUGAAUUCUUUCGGAAAGCGCAAGAGGGGCUAUCACAAACGUUCACGCGUUCCGUUCAAUUUUUCUGCAUGUUUUUCUUUCCGAAGUAUUCGGAGUUUAUACCUGUGAAAUUAUUAGGAAAUUCUACGGACUACUUGCGUAGCGUAUUUUGGGACGCUUUUGAGAAUAGAGAAACAACAAAAGAGAAACGGGGAGAUCUGAUAGAUUUUAUGAUCGAGUUGAGAAACAAUAAGCAACAGGAUAACGAAUUCAAGAUGGAAGGAGAUGUUUUGGUGAGCCAGGCAGCUAUAUUUUUUGUUGCCGGUCGCGAUUCUAGCGUGACCACGAUGUGUUUCACGCUCUACGAACUUGCUAGGAAUCCAGACAUUCAAAAACGUGUGCGUGAUGAAAUUUUCGAGACAAUGAAAAACCAAGGAUUAACAUACGAAAGCGUACAGGAUAUGAAGUAUAUGAAUCAGGCGAUGUCAGAGGCAUUAAGAUUGUAUCCGCCUGCUCCACUCCUCGACAGAGUGGCUACUACUGAUUACAAGAUACCAGGAACUGAUAUAGUACUAGAAAAAGGAACACCAGUGUACGUGUGUCUGUAUGCUCUCCACCGUGAUCCAAGAUUCUUCGCUAACCCCGAUACUUAUGACCCCGAUAGAUUCAGCGACGAAAAUAAAAGUAAUAUUAAACCAUUCACAUAUAUGCCUUUUGGAGAAGGUCCACGAGCAUGUGUUGGUAUGAGGCUUGGCAUGUUGCAGUCUAUGAUGGCAGUGAUCACGAUACUAAAAGAUUAUGAAGUUGCAUUAGAUCCUGAUUAUAAGUAUCAGGUCGAUCCCUAUAAUAUUUUCUUCAUAACGCCUGCAGAUUUUAAAUUCAUUUUAACGAAACUGUGAAGGCUUCUUGGGUCUUUAAAAUAUGUAUUCUCUUUUGAGAUCGUAUUUAGGAUAAUAUGUAAAAUUAAAUUAAUAAAGAUAUAUUUAUAAAA